GCGGCCGGGAGCGGCUGCAGGCCAGGGCGGAGGAGCGGAGCGGAGCGGAGCGGAGCGGGGGCGCUGCCGCAGCCGCAGCGGGAGCAGCCCGGCCCGGCCCGGCCCGGCCCCCGCACAUCCGGGCGCUGCCGCAGGCCCGGCCCGUGCUGUGGCGGCGCGGCCCGGGCGAUCCCGGCCGGCUCGGCCCGGCGCGGCGCGGCGCGGCCCGGCGCGAUGCUGCGCUGCAUGCCGCCGCUCUGGCGCUGCAACCGGCACGUGGAGGCGCUGGACCGGCGGCACUGCUCGCUGCAGGCCGUGCCCGAGGAGAUCUACCGCUACAGCCGCUCGCUCGAGGAGCUGCUGCUGGACGCCAACCAGCUCCGCGAGCUGCCCAAGCCUUUCUUCAGGCUCCUGAACCUGCGCAAGCUGGGCCUGAGCGACAAUGAGAUCCAGAGGCUUCCCCCCGAGGUGGCCAACUUCAUGCAGCUGGUGGAGCUGGACAUCUCCCGCAAUGACAUUCCAGAAAUUCCUGAAAGCAUCAAAUUCUGCAAAUCCCUGGAAAUCGCAGACUUCAGUGGGAAUCCUCUCUCCAGGCUGCCUGAGGGCUUCACCCAGCUCCGGAGCCUGGGCCACUUGGCCUUGAACGACGUGUCCCUGCAGAGCCUCCCCACUGACAUUGGGAAUUUGGCAAACCUGGUGACUUUGGAGCUGCGUGAGAACCUGCUAAAGACUCUCCCCACCUCCCUCUCCUUCCUUGUCAAGUUAGAGCAGUUGGAUCUCGGUGGCAAUGACCUGGAAGUGCUGCCGGACACUCUGGGCGCGCUCCCGAACCUGCGCGAGCUGUGGCUGGACCGGAACCAGCUCUCAGCCCUGCCGCCGGAGCUGGGCAACCUGCGCCGCCUGGUCUGCCUGGACGUGUCCGAGAACAAGCUGGAGCAGCUGCCCAACGAGGUCAGCGGGCUGGUGGCACUGACGGACUUGCUGCUGUCACAGAACCUGCUGGAGUGCAUUCCCGAUGGGAUCGGUCAGCUGAAGCAGCUCUCCAUCCUCAAGGUGGACCAGAACCGGCUGACAGACAUGACAGAGUCGAUUGGGGACUGUGAAAACCUGUCUGAGCUCAUCCUGACUGAGAACAUGCUGACGGCCUUGCCCAAGUCCCUGGGCAAGCUGGCCAAGCUGACGAACCUGAACCUGGACCGGAACCGUCUGACGGCGCUGCCAGCAGAGAUCGGAGGCUGUGCCAACCUCAACGUUCUGUCCCUGCGCGACAACCGCCUGGCCCUGCUGCCCCCCGAGCUGGCCAACACCACCGAGCUGCACGUGCUGGACGUGGCUGGCAACAGGCUGCAGAACUUGCCCUUUGCUUUGACAAAUCUUAAUCUGAAAGCCCUGUGGCUGGCAGAAAACCAGUCCCAGCCCAUGCUGAAAUUCCAGACCGAGGAUGAUGAGAAGACAGGAGAAAAGGUUCUCACUUGCUACCUGCUCCCCCAGCAGCCCUCUCCCAGCCUGGAGAAUCUGCUGCAGAACAGCAUGGAUGAGAGCUGGACAGACAGCAACUUAAACAGAGUCAGUGUGAUCCAGUUCCUGGAUGAACCCAAAGGGGAUGAGGAUGAGGAGUCUGGAGCUGAGAGACGGGGCCUGCAGCGCAGAGCCACCCCUCACCCCAGCGAGCUGAAGGUGAUGAAGAAGGUGAUCGAGGUGCGGCGCAGCGAGGUGAACGCUGCCAAGGCUGAUGCCAACCCCAGCUCUCCCAACCCGGAGGAGAAGAGGCUGAGUGCCACGUCGAACCGCAGCGAGGACUCGCACCUGUCCACCAGCACGGCCUCCGUGGACUGCAGGGCAGAGGAGAGGGAGCGGGGCUGGCCCAACGGGCAGCUGCCCGAGCUGCACAGGGACGGCAAGCCCAGGGCCGAGCAGGAGCACAAGGAAGCUGCUGACCAGGAGGAGGAAGAUGUGGAAGUGGAGUACAAUGAGCCCACUGUGCACUUUGCUGAGGACACGCUGAUCCGCAGUGAGGAUGAGGAUGAGGACGAAGAGCGGCCGUUCCCAGUGGAGAAGCAGAGGCUUAUCCGCAAGGACACGCCCCAUUAUAAGAAACACUUCAAGAUCACUAAACUGCCCAAGCCAGAGGCUGUGGUGGCACUUCUGCAGGGGCUGAACAGUGAUGGGGUCCCCAAAGAGGAAGAGGAGUUGGGAGGCUGCAAUAAUAACACAGAGCCCAGGGAUCAGGAGGAAGCGUGGGAUGAGGAUGACAGAAAGAAUGGAGCUCUGUCUGCUCAGCCCUCCGUGAAGGGGGUGUCGUUUGAUCAAGCCAAUAAUCUGCUGAUUGAACCUGCUCGCAUUGAGGAGGAAGAGCUGACGCUGACCAUCGUGCGGCAGACGGGGGGGCUGGGCAUCAGCAUCGCGGGGGGCAAGGGCUCCACGCCCUACAAGGGGGACGACGAGGGAAUCUUCAUUUCCCGUGUGUCUGAGGAGGGUCCUGCAGCUCGGGCAGGGGUCCGUGUUGGUGACAAGCUCCUGGAGGUGAACGGAGUGUCGCUGCACUGUGCCGAGCACCACGUGGCCGUGGAGGCGCUGCGGGGCUCGGGCAGCUCGGUGUCCAUGACGGUGCUGCGGGAGCGCAUGGUGGAGCCCGAGAACGCCAUCACCGUCACCCCGCUGCGGCCCGAGGACGACUACAGCCCGCGGGAGCGGCGCGGGGGGCUGCGCUUCCCCGAGGGCCCCGAGCCGGCCCCGGCCACCGAGCGCUUCUCCACCUGCCUCAUGCGCAACGAGAAGGGCCUCGGCUUCAGCAUCGCUGGGGGCAAGGGCUCCACUCCCUACCGGGCCGGGGACACGGGCAUCUUCAUCUCCCGGAUCGCAGAGGGUGGGGCAGCCCACCGGGACGGGAUCCUGCGUGUUGGAGACAGAGUCAUCUCGAUCAAUGGGGUAGACAUGACAGAAGCCAGGCAUGAUCAGGCCGUAGCGCUGCUUACCGCGGCCUCCCCCACCAUCGUGCUGCUGGUAGAGAGAGAGGGCGGCGAGCAGCCCGGCGAGGGAGGCUCGCCCCGCGGGCGCAUGCACUCCCCCCCGCCGCCCCCCGGCCCUGGGGACAGCCCGCCCGAGGAGACGCCAGCGCCGCCCCGGAACCACCUCUGCAGAGGGAUGGAGGAUCAGUACCCUGUGGAGGAAAUCCACCUGGUGAAAGCAGGUGGCCCCCUGGGCCUCAGCAUCGUCGGAGGCAGUGACCACUCCAGCCAUCCCUUUGGGAUUCAUGAGCCAGGUGUCUUCAUCUCCAAGGUCAUCCCGCGGGGGCUGGCGUCGCGCAGCGGGCUCCGCGUGGGGGACAGGAUCCUGGAGGUGAACGGCAUCGACCUGCGCCACGCCACCCACCAGGAGGCUGUCAACGCCCUGCUCUCCAACGCCCAGGAGCUCACCAUGCUGGUCCGCAGAGACCCCCCUCCACCCGGCAUGCAGGAAAUAUGCAUUGAAAAGGCUCCAGGAGAGAAGCUGGGCAUCAGCAUCCGGGGUGGAGCCAAGGGCCAUGCUGGCAAUCCGUUUGAUCCCACUGAUGAAGGCAUCUUCAUCUCCAAGGUGAGCUCCUCGGGGGCUGCUGCCCGGGACGGCCGCCUGCAGGUGGGGAUGCGGAUCCUGGAGGUGAACCACCAGAGCCUGCUGGGCAUGACACACACCGAGGCCGUGCAGGUGCUGCGCGCCGUGGGCGACGCGCUGCUCGUGCUGGUCUGCGACGGCUUCGACCCCAAGGCUGCUGCUGCCAUCGAGAUGUCCCCAGGAAUCAUUGCCAACCCUUUCGCUGCUGGCAUUGGGCGCAAGAACAGCCUGGAGAGCAUCUCCUCCAUCGACCGAGAUUUGAGCCCCGAGGAGCUGGAGAUCCUGCAGAAGGAGAUGGAAAUGGUGAGAGAAGCCACUCAGUGGGAGAGAGAAGAAAUGGAGAAAGUGGAGCGGAUGCGUAGGGAGCGGGAGGCAGCCAUGCAGCAGCUUGAGGAGGAAGCAGAGAACAUCCCCAGUGAACCCCUGCGCCUGGACUACCGGACCCUGGCAGCGCUGCCCAGCAGUGGCCUGCAGAGAGGCAACCGUGCUCCUGCUGAGUGCUCUAAGCCCAGCUGCAGCAUGGAGGGUGACACUGCCGUGCUGUCCCCGCGGGCGUGGCACGGCCGGGACGCGUCCCCGGAGCCAGCAGCGGGCACAGCCGGGCCCCCUCAGCUCCCCGUGCCUCCCCAGCAGCACACGAGCAGGCCACAGCAGCCCCAGGGAGACCAGCAGGACCCCGAGGGGUGUCCCUUGUCCCAGGAGCAGCUGCCAGAGACGCCAGAGUGUUUGAUCGACUCGCAGCCCAUCCCCUUCAGUGAGAACCCCUUUGUGGUGGCCAACCGCAGGGGCAAGGCCACGGGCACGGCUGGCCUGGGGGGGCCUCCCCUGGGCUAUGGCAGGGAGGGCGUGCUGAAGACCAGCCUGUACUCCAAGGCUCCUGUGGGCGAGUCUGGGACAGGAAAUUCCAGGCGUGAAUCCCCCUAUUCUCCCAGUAAUCCACAGGUGCCCUCAGCCCCCCGGGCCCCUCACCUGGCCGGCAGGGAGACGCGCUUUGCUUCCAUUAACUUCAUUACAUCGCAGGAUGACAGUAAAUCAACCAAGCCUGGCGUCAUUCAGCCUCUCUCCCGCGUGCGACCGAGCGCUGCUGUGGCACACAGGGCCGAGGAGGGGGACAGCCCCAACCCCUUCCAGCCGCCCCAGCCCUGCUUCAGGACCCACAGCUCUCCAAAGCCGUCGCCGCCGUCGCCACCCUCCCCUGAUGAGGUGCCCAUCAACGUCAAGCAGGCCUACAAGACCUUUGCAGCAGUGCCCCUGUCCCAGCCCCUGCUGGGGACACAGGAAUUGUCUGGUCAGAGCAGCACAGAAAACACCAAACUGGCCUCGGAGGUGACUGCACACAGCCCUGGGGGACAGCACAGCCCUGAGCAGAGGUCCUUCCGUGAGAGGCAGAAGUAUUUUGAGAUUGAGGUGAAGCAGCAGCACCUGGACAAGCCUCCCAAGCGUGUGUCCUUGGUGGGGGAGGAUGACCUGAAGAAAAUGAAAGAGGAGGAGGCCCGCAAGCUGCAGCAGCAGCGAGCCCUUCUGCUGGAGGAGGAAGCUGAGGAGGAUGAGGAGGGGAGGCAGGCACCCGAGGCCGUGCAGUCCAGCGUCAUCAUCGAGGGCGUGGAGUACAAGGUGGAGAGGCUGAAUGGAAGGAGCAGCCAGGCCCCAGCAGCUCGGCCCUUGGAGCUCAGUGAGAACAACAGCUCACAGAGGAAUUCCCUGGAGGAGGGGAUCAAGCCUGAGCACAGAACCAACUCCAUGUCGGGGCUGAGCCCCGUGGAUCCCGGCGCUCCCGUGCGCACAGCCAAGGCCGAGCGGCGGCACCAGGAGCGCCUGCGGAUGCAGAGCCCCGAGCUGCUGGCCCAGCAGGACAAGGAGCUGUCCCCAGCCGAACGCCGGGCCCUGGAGGCAGAGAAACGGGCCAUGUGGAGGGCAGCACGAUCCUCAGCUCUUGAAGACAGUGUUAAGCAGUACGAGCAGGACCUGGCCAGGAGGCUGUACCAGUCCCGGCAGCGGGCUGCUGCUCCCGGGGCCAGGCCAGCUCAGAUGGCUAGCCCAGUGCAGAGCCACGCCUCGAGAGUGCCUGGCUCAGGAGGCCAAUCCAGGAUGAAGUCCCUGGAGCAGGAUGCUCUCAAAGCCCAGAUGGUCAUUGCCAAGUCCAAGGAGGGAAAGAAGCGCAGCACGCUGGAGCAGCUGGCAGAGUCCCCCUCGCCCGCGCCCACGCCAUCGCCCACGCCGCUGGAAGAUUGCAGCCCCAGGAACGUCACUUCCCCAGGAAGGCUGUCAAUGUCUGAAAAGAAGUUUGACUACCGGGAAUUUGCUGCUAUUCCUUCCUCCAAACCUGUUUACGAAAUCCAGUCCCCUGAUGCAGCUGAUGACCUCAGAUACGGCGAUGACCGGAGUAACUCAGUUCCCCGGGAGCAGGACGGGCAGCCAGAGGAGGAGGACGCACUGGGAGCAGGGGAUCCAUCGGCAGCAGCUCCCUCAGCCCUGGAGGACAUGGCCCUGUACAGCAGCAAGCGGAAGCUCCGGCACAGCCGGCGCAGCCUGGAGACCGCUGUCCCCACAUAGGUGACCCUGGGCAAUGGACUGGCCUGGCACAGCCUGGGCAAUGGACUGGCCUGGCACAGCCCUUCGGGAGCUCCAGGGACAGCAGCAGGCUGCCCCUGCCUACAGACUCUGGAUGGGACUGAGCUCCCCGUGAGCUCUGUGGCCAACUGACUCCUCUGGGGCUGUGAACCGCCCUCGUCUCUCACCCAACAGUGCACUGGGGCACAUCCCAAAACUGGGACAACACUGGACUGACUGCUGGCAGAUGGAGAGGAAGGGUGGCCAGGACAGUGGGCAGCUUUUUAGCCUGUAAAUAUUGUGUGUGGGGAAGAGUAGGACAGGGAGAAUGUAGGAGUGUGAGAGUGUGUUGGGCUCCAGCUGUUACUGCCUCAGCUUGGGUUUUGUAGUGGUUAAAAGGAGCUUCUCCUCUGGUGGGAAUCAGGAGGAAGGUCCAGCCUGCCUUUACUCCUAUUUAGUUUCCAGUCUUUUGCCAAAAAGCAUCUCCUCCCAGCUCCUGCACUGUGUCACCUCACUUCCCUUUGGGAGUGUUUGGGAAUGGGAAGCUUGGCGGCAAAAAGAAGGAAAAAAAGAAAACAAAAACCACCAGAAUUCCAGCAAAGUGCCUCCCUCUGCCACUGGCACUCUGUGCUCAAGGAAAACAGAGCCAGCUCUCUGCCACCUGCCUCUGCCCUGGUGGGACACUGCUCCUGCUGGGGCUUUGUGCUGUCUUGGGACAGCUCCCUCCCUGGAUGGGCGCGUCCCCCUGUGUCACCACGGUGGGAGCCACUCCAGAGCACACGAGUGGAGGAGUCUGUCCUGGGGCACUGGGGCUGAACUGGUCAGCUGGGGAGGAAUGGGACGGGGCCCUCAGCCAGAGCAGGGGUGCAGGGGUGUGUGACAGCAGUGGGAGCAGCACAGGGGGCAGGACACGGCAGCAGAGGUGGCAGGUGUGACAGCAGGUACCUUAGUGGGUGGAGUUCAGGAACUGGGGAUGGGUAGAACGUGGAGUUGCUGGGGUCACGUUGGGAGUUACAGGAUCCUGCACAUGGAGAUGCUGGUGGGGAGUCCACAGUGCCCACGCUGGCUGUAGGGUGGGCAGGGAUGUCACGGGGUGCGUGGUGUGGUGUGGGCUGGCAGGGAGCACCAGGAGCACCACGGAGCAGAAUGGGGCUGGCCUGUGCCUUGCAAUAACCACACAGUUCCACUUUGCCAGCUCAUUGGCUUCAGGCCCCUUCCCGUGGAGGAUGGGGAAAAUGCACGUUUGCCCACACAAGAGGGAAAAAGGAAAAUGAGAAAUGAGUGGGGGUGUGAGCCUUGGUUUCCACAAGUGGAACGAGGGCUGUGAGCAGGUUCUGAAUCGUGUGAGCUCUGCAGAUGUGGAGGUCACAGCUGCUGCUCCCAACUCUGCCAUCAGCCUCUGCUGCCACUAGUGAGGGGAAACAACCCUUUUCUUUUUCUUUUUAUCACUGCCUCUCACCGUGAGGAAGGUCCGAGCUCGGCACAAUCCCGUUCCCUUCCAUUGGUGCUCUCUGACUCCCCAGUAAGACCAGGGUUGGACCUUGAGCCUCACAGUGGCUGGGCACUGACAGGCACAUCUGCUUGUACAUUUGCUGAAGGAAAGAGCUGGAUGCAGUUUUUUGGGUGCAGUUUUUUAGUUGAGCCUCUCCUUUCAUGCCAAAAUCCAGCGGAUCAUUUUAACUGACUCUGUAUGUUUUGAUUUUACAGACUUGUGAAGGGGAACUCUGAUAAUCUCACACUGCAGCUGCAGCUGCCUCCAUCAUCAGCAAUUUGAGCUUUUCCUUUUUAAAUCUAAUUUUAGCAUUUGCUUUUUAACAAGAGCAGUUUUGGAAACAAUCCUGGCUGGGUUUUGGUGACUAACUUGUGAUUCUUCUCUCCUUUCCCUGUGCGGUACCUGGUGCCAGGCUCUGGAUUCUCUCCCGUUCUCUCCCAAGAGACUCCGAGGGAAAAUUAGCGCAUCAAGACUGUAACUAGUGAAAUUUGUACAACCAAAGAAAUCUAUUUUGUGGUUCAAGGAUAAUAAAGUUUACUUUACAUUUUA